AUGGAACGAAGGCAAAGAGGAGUCAGUGCUGGACUGCUUUUGCUGCUUUAUCAAAUUUCUCAAGUUGGACUCCAGAACAUUCCUGCUGUUACCCUUGGGGUACUUGUACUGAAUAUUUUUCUCUUUCUGAAUCCUUUGAGGCCACUGUCUGAAGCAUGUCUCAGUGUAAAUGAAGCUGUCCACAGAAGGAACUGGCAGCGUUUGCUGCUUGCUCCUUUCCACCAUGCAGAUGAUUGGCAUUUGUAUUAUAACAUGAUUUCCAUGCUUUGGAAGGGCAUAAUGCUGGAAAGAAAGCUGAAGAGCAUAUGGUUUGCCUACAUAAUUGCAGUAUUUUCAGUACUGAUUGGAGUAGUUUACAUGGUGCUGGAACUCCUGCUUGUGGUAAUUCUGGAUGAUCCUUCCUAUGAAAUGAAUUGUGGCGUGGGUUUUUCAGGAGUCUUGUUUGCUUUGAAAGUUCUGAACAACCAUUAUAACCCAGGAAGAGUGAGCAGUGUCUUUGGAUUGCCCAUAGCCAGUAAAUAUGCUUGUUGGGUGGAGCUGGUGGCUAUUCAUUUAAUCUCCCCAGGGACUUCUUUCGCUGGGCAUUUGUCAGGGAUUCUUGUUGGAUUGAUGUACACCAUGGGACCUCUGAAAAAGAUCAUGCAAGCCUGUGCAGCUGGCAUUUCUUUCUUCACUGAGCCUGACAGGCCAAGAGAUUACUAUUCAGAAUAUUAUGGCUAUUAUCCAGAUUAUCAAUACAGAACUCCAAGGAGCUACUUUGAUUAUACAGGUGGGCUCACUGAAGAAGAACAGCUUGAAAGGGCAGUGCUAAACAGUCUUAAUGAAAGAGAUUUUGGUGGAGGAACACGCAAUUAUGGGCAGCGACCUUAUGGGUUUUGGUUCCCACCUGAGAACUCAGAAGAGGACAUGAGAAGGAGAAGGCUUCGUAGAUUUGACAGAUGAUGAAGUUGGCAGGUGUUGAUGUAAAGUGCUAUUCAGACUUACCAAAAUAUGUACAGAUUUAUUUGUAAUCUGUAAUUUACAGAAUAAUUUAUAAUCUUUUUCCAUUAUUUUUACUACUUGUUGCAAAACUGAAUAGGAUUUUGUGAGUUCAGACUCAAAGUUGGAACUUGAAUAAGAAAUGUGAGAUAAGAAGCAAAAUGUGAUCUUCGGCUGUCUCCAUCUUAAUGCACCUUAAAUGGAAGAAGGCUGAUGGUUUUUCCAAACUGUCUUUUUUCUCUUAAAUUAUUUUGUAUAGCUUUAAGAAUUCCUUGGCUUCUUGACUGCUGAUGUUCUCAGACAACAGGUUUUCUUCCUCCUUUGCAACUGAAAUGUUGCAUUUUCUAUGGAACUUUAAACCAUGCAAUUUUUUCUUGCAAACCUUUCUCAGAUAUCUGUGAUGACCAGCUCAUUUUUUGGGACUGCCAUGUGAAAUGACACUUGAAAAGUUUGCUUUGAUGACAGUGGCUGGGUCAUGUGAAUCUAGGCUUAAGCUCUUGAGCAGACAAAUAGUUGCAGCUAUCCUUCCCCUGCUGUCCUUACCAAGGAAUUAUUUAAUACAAACUUCAGUGUUGCAGUCUUCCUCACACCAUUAUACAGAGCUUGGAUGAGAUAAAACUGAGUUGUUACUACUUAUGUUUUCUAAAGCCUUUCUUAAUAUUUAUGUUCUAAAUCAAAAAAUGCUGCCCUUUACAUAGCUUAAAUAAUUUGUUAGGAGUUUUGUGCAAAGGUAUGUGGCUAUGCCAUACAAAGCAUAUAUUUAUUUAGUAAUAUACUUCUUUUAAAGCAUGUAUUUCCCUUUCUAAAAAGCUUGGAAAUUUUAUUUUGUAUAUGCUGUUCGUGCAGCUUUAAAAAUUCCAUUAUUUCUCAAUAUUUAUAUUGUUUGAAGACCAAUCUGAGACCUGAGAGUUUGUAGACUUGUGAAAAUCAUACCUAAACAGCAGCUACCUUGAAUUCUUCAUUUUUGAGGAUUUCCUUACCCAACCAGAGGAGACCUGAGAGCUCAGUUGUCCCUCUGGGCACACCCUCCACACAAGGCUGUCCUGCCUGUGGCACUGCUGCCUCUUAAUGUUAACUGAUGAACCUCGAGGGCUUUGGUUCCAGUAUUGCCCUGAAAAUCACUCCUUGUCCAGGCAUUUUAUCCUCAGAAUGAAAGAACUUGGGGAUGUUCCUCUAAAACUAUUGCAGAAAGGUGUGAUUGCAGAAGAAUAAUUUGGUUAUUGGCUUUUGACACAGACUGUUGGAAUCUCCUCAUCAGCACUGAUGGAGUAGAGGAUUAGGAUAAGAAGUUUAAGGGUUUCACCAACCUGUGCUUUAUGAAGUCUAUUUUUCUAUGAGGUUAUUUUUUGAAUAUAAAAAAAAACAGUGCUGCAUAUUUCAUACAGAAAAAUAUCCCGAAAGGAAAUUUUUUACUGUGUUCUUUAAAUAAAUAGUACCUGCCCUUUCUGUGUGUAGCUAAUGUAUGUAGGGGAAGCUCUUGUUUGCUGGGAAAAGCACAAUAUCAGGAUGCAGGGCUUUGGGCUUGGGGUUUUGGGACACAACAGGCACAACUGCAAUGUCACUCCAGCUACAGACAGAAUGCUGAUUUCUGGUGUGUUCUUGGGCUUAGUUGGUUUUGUAUAUAUGCAAUAGCCAUAGGAUGAAACAGCAGACACUUUGAUAGAAGGCCAGCUUUUUUAUGUUCAUUGAAAAUAUGUCUCAAAAACCUGUAUAUUUUUGUCAGCAAGUGAUAAUUGGAUGUAAAUGAGAAGGACGUACCAUUGGUUCCUCAGAAAUCCUUUAAUGCUCUGGUCAAAAGUUGCAGUGUAACGUACUCUGUGUGCUAAACUCUGAUAUUUUUCUUAUUUAAAAGCACAGGAUGUGCUGCUAGUCAGGUAAAAAAGAUACUUAAGGAAAAUCAAAAACCCAAUUACAAUUCUGUAAGCACUUGCUUUUGUAAAGUGAGCUUAGACAUACAUGCCAUUGAAUAUUCACAAAAAUUGUCAGUACUAAUAAAUGUUCAGUUGUUUUGACAUUUUUUGUAUACAGAAUUGAAAUAAAUAUUUUUUUAACAUUUAAAGCUAUUUG